AUGCUAAGCUAUAGAAAGAUAAGAAUUGCAGGUCUUUCGGUACUAUUUGUUUUAAUUGUUCUCAUUCUAUUUAUAACAAACUUACCAGCAGCAGAAGAUGCAGAGCCGGACUUAUCAUUAAAAGCACAAACUUUGUUGACAUCUAAUAACUUGGUUGAUGUCUCUGAUGAUGGAAAGCUAGAUGACGCUAUUAAUAAUGAAAUAUCAAAAUUGAACGAUGAAGAGAUCCCAAAUGCAGAGGUCUUUGAUCCUGCAAGAGAAUUUAAACAAAUCAGGGCAUUGUCACCGAUGACCAUUUUUAGUAAAACUUAUUGCCCAUACUCCAAGAAAGUAAAAGCUCUUUUCAACGAUAACUACCAAAUAAACCCUCAACCAGCUAUUGUGGAGUUGGAUAUGCAUGAACACAGCAAGGAGUUACAAGACUACUUGGAAGAGGUAACAGGUAGAAAGACCGUACCAAAUAUUUUGGUAGGGGACUCUCUGGAAAGCAGGGGUGGAUGUGAUGACAUGGUAAGUUUACAUGCAGAGGGCCAGUUGAUGGCGCUGUUGAACGAGUGGGGUGGAAAACUGCUCGUAGUAAAGAGAACAGAAACACCCUCUAAUCUUUAG